AUGGGCGGUGGGGAGUCAGGCGGUGGUCAGCGUGCGGUGAGAUUUUCUCCAGUAUACGGAGGAUAUGGAGUGCACAAUGCAGCCAAUGUAGUUGGGAUUACUUCCAACAGAUGUGAUUUAGAGCGAUCGACAAAUCUGGAUGAUUUGGAUAGGCGCAGCAAUUGUCAUUUUAAAUCAAAUAAAAUCACAGGAAAAAAAAACCCUUCGUUCUCAUUGUCACGACUCAAGCUGACAUUGCUUACUGCACUUAAGGCAAUGGCUCGAAGUAGAAAGGGAUUAAACGAUUUACCAGAUUCCUUACUGUGCCUCAUACUUAAUAAAGUUUCUUUGGAUCAGGCGAUUCGUUGUUCCGUGCUUUCUAAGAGAUGGAAAUUGCUUUGGAGGUUCUUACCCAAGCUAUGUUUUUCAGAUGAUAUGUUUAAUUCAUCAACCCGCCUACUUAAAAUCCAUAACAUAAUUGAUGGUAUUCUUAAGUUGCAUUCUGCACCCCUGGAGGCUUUCCACUUUUACGGAGGAAUCAGCACCGUCGUUUCAAAUGCAAAAAUUGAUGAGUGGAUUCACUAUGCUGCCCUAAAAGAUGUGAGAGAUAUUUUUAUUCAAUUUCUUGUAGACGUUGAGGUUCCGACUUCUGUUUUUUCUUGCCGGAACCUCAGGGAUUUGUUUCUUAUAAAUUUUGAUUUCGAAAAUAUGCCUGGUUCCUUUGCUGGUUUCGCCUGCCUCACAUCACUCAAUUUUCACAACGUUAAGCUGAAUGACACAACUUUCAAGCUCAUGUUGCAAUUAUGUCCAGUUCUGGAAAUUUUAGUCGUUCGAAAUUGCCAUGGACUUGAGAGAGUAAAAAUAUGCUCCUCCAGUCUUUGUAUUCUCGAACUUGAUUUUCCAUCGUCAUCUCAUGAAAUCAAGUCGAUAACAGCAAGAUGUCCAGGAUUGGAGAUUCUUAAGUUAAGAGUCAUGUAUCAUGUGGAAAAGAUGGAAUUUGAAUUACCAGAUUGUUCAGAUUUGUCGACAACAGUUUCACGACUCGAGCCGUUUACAACCCUGAAAUCACUGAUGAAAAUGGCUUUUUUAUGUGGAAUUUUCGAGAGCAAUGUGAGCUUACUACACAAUUUUCCAGAUUUAGAGCAGCUUUGGAUCGACAACGCUAGGUCACUUACAUGGGGUGUAGUGCAGGACAUUUCAGGGCCUGCUCCAUUGCUGGAAAAUUUAGAGCGAGUUCAUCUUAAUGUCACCUCACUUGAUGACUCUAUGCCUCUGCUUGCCUAUCUUCUUAAAAACGCUCCUGAAAUGAAAACCUUAAUAGUUUCCCGGCAGAAAGGAUUCGAUGGUGCUCUGGAAUUUGUUAACACGCUGUUUAAUCUUCCGAGAGCUUCUGAGGAAGCCAAAAUUCUCUUAUCACUGAAUAAUUUUAAAGGGAGCGAGAGGUCGCAACUGUGA